AUGGCCCACCUGGGAGCCCACUUUGCCUUCAGAUCCCGCUGGCAGAAGACCGAUGAUGAACUCUGUCGACAUAGCAUGUCCUUUAUUCUUCACAAAGCCAUUUGCAAUGACUUCUUUCAGAGCUAUCUCUACCUGCUGGAAAAUAUUCCCCUGGACAUUCACCCUCAUGUAUUUGGAAGUCAUUUUUUAUCCAUGGUUAGGGAUGAAGGACAAGUGAAAUUGUAUGCUUUAACAAGUCAAGUCAUCAAUGGUGAGAUGCAGUUCUAUGCCAGAGCUAAACUCUUCUAUCAAGAAGUACCAGCUACAGAAGAGGGUAUGAUGGGAAAUUUCAUUGAACUGUCCAACCCAGAUAUCCAGGCCUCUCGGAAAUUUCUCAGGAAAUUUGUUGGGGGGCCCGGGAGAGCUGGGACGGACUGUGCCUUGGACUGUGGCUCUGGGAUAGGAAGGGUCAGCAAGCAUGUCCUGUUGCCGGUUUUCAACUCCGUGGAACUGGUGGACAUGAUGGAAUCGUUCCUCCUCGAAGCACAGAACUACUUGCAGGUCAAAGGCGACAAGGUAGAAAGCUACCACUGCUAUAGCCUGCAGGAAUUCACACCCCCACUGGGAAGAUAUGACGUCAUCUGGAUUCAGUGGGUCAUUGGGUACCUGACUGAUAAAGACCUUCUUGCGUUUCUUUCCCGGUGCCGAGAUGGCCUGAAGGAAAACGGCAUCAUCAUACUGAAGGACAAUGUGGCCCGGGAGGGCUGCAUCUUCGAUCUCUCUGACAGCAGCGUGACUCGGGACAUGGACAUCCUCCAGACCCUCAUUAGGAAGAGUGGGCUGGUGGUGCUAGGCCAGCAAAAGCAGGACGGCUUUCCAGAGCAAUGUGUCCCGGUGUGGAUGUUUGCGCUGCACAGCGAUGGAAGCUCCUGA